AGCGGGGGCCGCCGCUCGUCUCGGCCGCGGCUGCGGAUGGACGACCGGCGGCGGCGGGGCCCGGGCAGCGGCGCGGCGCCGGAGGAGGUUGCCGAAUCAGCAUGUGUCUCUAAUAGUUAAAAAGACAGAAGCAGUCUCCGCCAGCCAAGAAACCAGCAAAAAUAUUUCACAAUGGAUGUAGACGAUGAAGAAAACAUGAGUUCGAGCAGCACCGAUGUUAAAGAAAACCGCAACGUGGACAAUGUUCCCCCCAAGGACGGCGGUGGGCAAGGCGCCGGGGAGGGGGUGCAGCUCUCCAACGGUGGUGGCAGCAGCAGCAGAAAGCGUCCCUUGGAGGAGGGCAACAAUGGCCACUCCAAAUUUCGCCUGAAGAAGAGGAAGAAAACACCCGGCCCCGUUCUGCCAAAGAAUGCCCUGAUGCAACUUAAUGAGAUUAAACCUGGUUUACAGUACAAACUUCUCUCCCAGACCGGGCCAGUGCAUGCCCCCAUGUUUGUGAUGGCAGUUGAAGUCAACGGGCAGGUAUUUGAGGGGUCUGGCCCGACCAAAAAGAAAGCCAAGCUUCAUGCUGCCGAGAAGGCUCUGCGGUCUUUUGUCCAGUUUCCAAAUGCCUCAGAAGCCCACCUGGCAAUGGGGAGGACUCUGUCGGUCAACACGGACUUUACCUCUGACCAAGCGGACUUCCCCGACACCCUUUUCAAUGGGUUCGAAACGCCAGUCCCUUCCGAUGCUUCUUUUUACCUCGGAUCCAAUGGGGACGGGUCCUUUAGCUCUAGCGGGGACUAUGGUUUGCCUUCGGUGGCCAUAGCCAGCAGCCUCUCCCAGUCACCUCUCCCUGUGCCGUCGCCCUACCCCUCUGCCAGUGGGAAGAACCCCGUCAUGAUCCUCAAUGAGUUGCGGCCGGGGCUGAAGUACGAGUUUCUGUCAGAGAGCGGGGAGAGCCAUGCCAAAAACUUUGUCAUGGCUGUGGCUGUGGAUGGUCAGACUUUUGAAGGCUCGGGAAGGAAUAAAAAGCUGGCAAAAGCUCGGGCGGCCCAGUCAGCCCUGGCAUCCUUGUUUAACAUGCAGCUGGACCAGACCCCAUCUCGACAGCCCAUUCCCAGUGAGGGGCUCCAGUUACACUUGCCACAGGUUUUAGCUGAUGCUGUUGCACGCUUGGUUGUAGAUAAAUUCAGUGACUUGACAGAAAAUUUCACAUCUCCACAUGCACGUAGAAAAGUCCUUGCUGGAAUUGUCAUGACAACAGGUACAGAUGUGAAAGAUGCCCUGGUAAUAAGCGUUUCCACGGGAACAAAAUGCAUCAACGGUGAAUACAUGAGCGAUCGUGGGCUUGCAUUAAACGAUUGCCACGCGGAAAUUAUCUCUCGCCGAUGCCUGCUUAAGUUCCUGUAUACUCAACUUGAGCUUUACCUAAGCAAUAAAGAAGAUCAACAAAAAUCCAUUUUUAUGAAGUCUGAGCGUGGUGGGUUUAAGCUGAAGGAGAAUGUGCAGUUUCAUCUCUACAUCAGCACAUCUCCUUGUGGUGAUGCGAGGAUUUUCUCACCCCAUGAAGCAGCACAAGAGGACCAAGGGGACAGGCAUCCAAACCGCAAAGCCAGAGGACAGCUACGGACAAAAAUAGAAUCUGGGGAAGGGACCAUCCCCGUGCGCUCUACCACCACCAUCCAGACGUGGGAUGGCGUCUUGCAAGGAGAAAGGCUGCUUACCAUGUCCUGCAGCGACAAGAUAGCCAGGUGGAACGUAUUGGGUAUUCAAGGAGCCUUACUUAGCCUCUUUGUGGAGCCAAUUUACUUCUCUAGCAUCAUCUUGGGGAGUUUAUAUCAUGGGGAUCAUCUAUCCAGAGCCGUAUACCAGAGGAUAGCAGAGAUAGAAGAUCUACCACCUCUUUAUACACUCAACAGACCUUUACUUAGUGGUAUUAGCAACGCAGAAGCCCGUCAGCCAGGGAAAGCACCGAACUUCAGCGUGAACUGGACAGUAGGCGACACUGGUCUUGAAGUUAUUAAUGCCACAACGGGCAAAGAUGAAAUGGGCCGUGCGUCUCGCCUCUGUAAGCACGCUUUCUACAGCCGCUGGAUGCGCGUCCAUGCAAAGCUUUCCUCUAGCUUGCGCUCCAAGAUCCUCAAGCCUCACCUGUACCACGAAACCAAGCAAGGAGCCACUGAGUAUCAAGCUGCCAAAGAGUGUUUGUUUAAAGCGUUCUUGAAGGCAGGACUUGGGGCCUGGGUGGAGAAGCCCAUAGAACAGGAUCAGUUUUCCCUCACGGUGUAAUUCACAGACUGCCCAUCACACGGGAGAGGGGGUUGCUCUGGAAAUUCCUGGUGUCCAGCAUUGCUUUCUGGCAUCUCCACCGCCGUCAAAACAUCUUUUUACUGUUUGGAGUUGAGUUGGGUUUUUUUUUCCUUUCCUUUUUUGAAACUUCAUCGUUAACUGUUUCUGUUUCACCUGAGUAUUGAAAAUCGGUGACCAUCCUACACGGAAUUGUAUAUUUUGUAAUGGGAAAGUAAUUUCUGGUGUAUUUCUAGAAAUGCUUUUACUGUAGAAGACCUGCAGUAAGGCUGUCCUUACAGUAUCCAAUGACUCAUUUUUUCUGGGUUAAGAUAUUUUCUUUUUUUAAUUCAAUGUCAUCAAGUGCAUGAGGAAAUGAAAAUUUCUCCAGGUUUUACACCACACUUUCAGGAAGUAGCUUAAUUUUUUAAAACAAAAGCAGGUGGUGAAGCUGAUUCUACACCUCUGUUAACUUGGUUUUGAACUGCAGGUAUUUAUAGUGUGUAGAGCACAGAGCCAGAAUGGAGUCUGGACAGCUAGUUUUUCCCCCACUUCCUUGCUCUUUAAAACCAGCUGCUGAAAAUUUCAUGUCUUUGAUGUAUGUAUUUAUUAGUCUGUGGCCCAGUUUUUAACAUGCAGCUUUUUAUUCUGUUUUUAAAAAUACAUUUACCUCCCAUUUACACACAUUGUGAAGUCUUCAUUUUUUUUAACCAUUGUAAACUGGAAACAGCAAAAAUAGUUAUUUGUAAGUUAAGCAGUUUAGUCUAUAACGUGCAGAAACCUGUUUAGAAGUAGAUAAUUUGUAUAUCCCAAGAACUCAUCAGAAUACAUAGAACUGUAGCUGUAACAGUGACACAACAACUCCAGAAAAACUGCAUUCCUCAUUUUGAGGGCACUUAGCCUGAAUUGCCAAAAUCAGACACUUGCUUGGGUAUUAAUUGCUCUCCUCUUGGAAAUGGAAGGCUCUCGUAGGAACAAAAAGAUGUUAAAACUGCUUUCUGUGACUUCCAUCUGCUUUCACCCAGGCUUUUGUCUCUGAGAUUUCGUUGCCUUUCAGCUUUACAUGUGCGAUGCUCUUCGUGAAGCUGAGUGGGUAAGUUGCUCUCAAACGUGCUUUCAUUUCCUUUGACGAUUGCUUAGAAAGGAGUUUCUCCUAAAGGUGUAGACACUUCUGCUUUAUGUAAAAAUGUACUAUAGAAGGGAAAUAUUGUGAGAUCAGUUUGAUUAACUGGUGUAUAGGAGACAAUUUUAAAAACACUUUUUAGUACAUGACAUUUAGGAGCGGGUAUGGACAAUGUCCAGUAUUGCCCCUCUGCUCAUGCGGCGUUUGCCCAAACACCCCCCUUGGCAUGUGCCCGUCCAGCUCUCACCUGUGCUUUCUGAAGAGCACCUCAGACAUCCCUCCAUGUGCCCUUUGCAAACGAUGAAGGUGGCGCUUGUGACAUGGAAGUUUGUCUGACAAAACCAUACAGGUGCAUCCCUGCUCUGGCUGUUGGCUCCCAUCUCUCCGCUCUGCUUGCUUGUACCAUGUGGGACGUCAGGUCAGCAGGCUGGUCUGUACUUUGAAGCCAUGUCAGGGGUUACUUUUAGACCCACAUUGGGUCAGAGAUGCAGUCUAGAGUUGUGCGGGUGUAUCUGCACGGGUAGCGGAGUGGAGCGUGGUUCCCCUCGGGAGCUGGACUUACCGUAGUUCAGCCCCAGCAUUGCCAGGUGGUUAGCCAGCACUUGGUGUGUUGGAGACUUUGAUGGAAAGCCACUUCUGGCCAAGCAUAGAUGCCAAGGAGAUGUCCUGCUCUUUGUUGCUGAAGUAAGAACUCAUUUCCAAGUUCAAAAAAAAAAAUCAAGCCUGAAAAUCACUUGUGUGUUAGCUGAAGCCUCUGGGUUAGUGUCCUGGAAGCCAUGCGUUGAGGUGCCAGCAACACCUUUUGGCUGGCAUUGUGGAUAAUAGCAGGUGCUGCUCUGGGAAAGUGAGCAAGUCCAGUGAUGCCCUCAGAACAGGCUGAUGCUUCCAGAGAUUGCUGACCAUUCAUAUGCCAUGGGCUGUGUUAGAAGGGCUGUGCUGACUCAGCUUUGCUGGCUACAUAAACCAUCCUGUCUGCUUCUCAGACAAACCCCAGGUGCUGGCACGGCCUCUGCAAGCACAACAUGGCUUUUGCGGUCAGUCUGACUGAGGCUUCAGCUGGGACCUCUUCUAAAACCAGGCAGAGCUUAAUGGCACACGGUCAGAUUUUGCAAGCACCCAGGCAUCUGCCUUUGAGAUCAACCUUGUCUCCAUCUCGUUGCAGACGUUGUGUCUGUGCCUCGUUGCAGACCUCCUGUCUGUGGCUGUAGCUGGAUAUGUGCAUACGUUUCUGCAGGAUUGAGGGGAGGCUGGUUUUCUUGAGAUCGUGACUGCUGUUGGGUGAAAUGCACGUGUUUAGUGACAAAUGAAGUCUGUUGAUAAUUUCCAGCAAGUUAUUUUCACCCAUCUUUCUGAAAUGCUCAUUCAAAAGUUGGUGUCUCUUCAGGUUUUUUUGACGACUAGGAAAGUAUUAGCUCAAGCUAUUUUUUUUACAAAGUCAUAAAUAUGAGCAAUAUAUUUAAGUAGUAUUAUAGACAUAGUUUUUUAAACUGUUUGAAUGAAUGAUUAAACUGUAAAGGAAAUAUGUUCCAUGCCAAACCUUUUGACGAAGGAACAGCGUCAGGUUAUUUAUGAGGAACGAGUUCUCUUGUUUAUCAUUCCGGGAUUUUAAAAAGUUUUCCAGGUUGUAUGCAAUCCAUAUCUGUCUUCUGGGAGUCAAUAAAAUGUUCCUUCCCUU